UAAUCCCCUCUCGCUUUCUCUCUCUAAACAGUUUUUGAUUCUCUCUUUCUCUCUCUUUAAUGGAGAAAGCUGAGAGCUCGAUGAACAGUGAUUUGCAUCGAGGAGAAGAUGGAGAAGUCGGGUCGGAGUCGACCCAUCACUUGACUGUUCCGCCCGGAUUGAACCCGGACGAGUUCGAGGAGCUGAGGCCGUGGGCGAUUGAGUUCCACACCUACCGAGUCAACUCGGGCCAAUGCUCCUCCCUCCUGGCGCAGCGAAUCCACGCGCCGCCGGACACGGUGUGGUCCGUGGUUCGCCAGUUCGACAAGCCGCACACCUACAAGCACUUCAUCAAGAGCUGCACCGUGUGCGAGGGGUUCCGGAUGGCGGUGGGCGACACGCGCUACGUCAACGUCAUCUCCGGCCUGCCGGCGGCCACCAGCACCGAGCGUCUCGACAUCCUCGACGACGGCCGCCGCGUCACGGGCUUCAGCAUCAUUGGCGGCGAGCACCGCCUGAGGAACUACCGCUCCGUCACCUCCGUCCACGGCCUCCGCCGCCGCGACGGCGGCCGGAGCUGCACCGCCGUGCUGGAAUCCUACGUGGUGGACGUGCCGGAGGGGAACACGGAGGAGGACACCAAGCUUUUCGCCGACACCGUCGUUAAGCUCAACCUUCAAAAACUCGCAUCCAUCACCGAAGGAAUCAAUCAAGACAGAAACAACGAUGCUAAUGAAGAAGAUAGUGGUAAUAAUACAACCGAACGUCACACUUGAGUACACAAUUAAUUAUUGGUUACCACGAAUUCAUCCUAAGUCAAACUCGACACUUGUCACAAAUUCAACCUUAUGAUUGUUAAUUUAUUAGUGUGAAUUCGGUCUAGCCAAUAAUUCAUAAAUGAUUAUUAUCAAAAAAGUUUUUUUUUUUUCUUUUUCCUCUCUUUUCAUUGGAUAUUUAAUUUCUCUAUUUUUGGGUUUAUUUAUGUUGUUAAAAUCACAUUGAAAAUUCCAUGUUUCAAGGGAAUGGUGAUAAGGAAAUGUUGGCCUGGAGUGAUCAUUUUGUACAAGUUUUGAACAACAAGGAUAAUGUUGGGACGAUGGUUUUAUAAAAUGUAAUUCUCACAAGUUUGAAACAUGAAUUUUCAUGGAUUAUUUAAUGAUAGAUCAUGGGCAUUGAAAUGGCUA